AUGAGUGGCCGACGUGAUGGGACUUUCUUCGGCGACCCCGGCAUGAGAGGGAACGGGCCUCCGAACAUUGAGGGCAUGGUCACCCUCAAGGUGGACAACGUGCCCUACAACUCGAGCAUCGAUGACCUCAGGCGCAUCUUCGAAAAGUACGGCGAGCUUGGUGACGUUUACAUGCCCAGGGACCUGCGCACCGGAGAGCCGAGGGGAUUCGCCUUCGUGCGGUUCAUGGACCAGCGGGACGCAGACGACGCCAUCGACCGCAUGGACGGAGAGUUUUUCGCCGGCAGGGAGCUUCGGAUCCAGUACGCCAAGAAGAGGAGGCCCGAAGCCAGCGGCGGGUACGGAGGAGGCGGUGGAUAUGGCCAUGGGGGGGGAGGAGGAGGAGGAGGAUACGGUGGUGGUGGCGGUGGGGGGCGCUACGACAGGCGUGACGACAGGCGCGACGACCACCGCCGCUCCAGCCGCCGCAGCCGCAGCCGCAGCCGCUCGAGGGACCGUCGCCGCCGUCGAUCCAGGAGCGCCUCCCCCCGCCGCGAGCGGUCCCGCGACCGCCGCCGGUCGAGGUCCAGAUCGCCCCCCCACUCCCGCCGCCGCUCCCGCUCAAGGUCCCGCUCCCGCUCCCGCUCCCGCUCGCCGGCGGCCAAGCGCAGCAGCAGGCACCGGGACGGCAGCGAAGAGGGCGGCGGCGGCGGCGGCGGGCACAGCAAGAGGGGCAGGGACCGCCGCGAUUCCAGCGCGGAUGGCGGCAGGGACGGCGAGGCCGAUAAGCGCAAUGGGCAUCGUGACAGCAGCCCGCCCAUGAACGGCGGCAGCGGCGGUCGGAGCAACAGCCGCCGCAACAGUGAUGCCGGUAGCGCCAGCCCCCGCUGAUUCUAGUGCGAGGGGGUAGGCGUCCCUGGGGCGAAAACGCGGUGGGUUUGCGCUGCAAAGGCCGCCGUCCACUGCCGUACGAAGAUGGAGGCGUGCUGGCCGCACGACGCGAGAGAGGCUCUCCGAGUGUUUUUUUUUAUCGGCGUAGGGGCCAUGAGUAUCAUACUUUGCAGCGCAUGUCUGUGGCAAAGGAGCAUGGAAUCUUGUGGAACACUUCACCGGUUAGUGUAGAUGUGUUGCGGCGCAACCUGUGUUUUUUCUUCUUUUUUUUUGUUGACGCGUACUUUUCUGUCCAGCUCUGUAACAGCCAUGGUGUGUACAUUCGGGUUUCUCUUGUGUCGUGUCUUUCAUGUCGUGUGCGGCAGCUUUCUACAUUUGCUUUGCACCGUGGUUACCGACAUGAGUCGAGGCGGCGAUUGAUCAUCUUGCGUGCGGUGGUGCUCUUUUGAGCUGAAAACCCCAAGGGCACAACGUUCUAACGGUGCUCUGUUUCAUUACUCGGGGCUAAGUUAGCGAAGGAUCACUUCGGUUGGAAAUGAAAGGAACGAGGGAAGCACGCGCUCGGGUGUUGCUGUUAAGACGAGUACAGAAUGGUCGAUCAAGUUUGUGAUACUUGCAGUUGGUUGUUGAGGGUCGUUUCAUGUGUUGGGCGUCUAUUGUAGUGGAUGCAGGGGGGUUGUCGUUGCCUCAGUCGAAUGGAUUUGAAACUCAGCCUUUCCUCAGUGCCAGUUCAGUUUCGGUUGACUCUCGCUUUCCCAUGUUUGGGUCACUUGCUGUCACCAUUACGCGUGGUCUCUACCACCUGUUGAUGACUCUCGUGUUUCCGCCAAUAGAAACGAGUCCUACCUUGUACGUACCGGAUUGUUGGCGGGUAGGAACAAGAUCGGUGGUGGACAUGUAUGCAUAGAUAGGUGAUUGCGUCUAAUAGUCCACCUUUCUUUCUGGGCGCACAAGUCGGGAUCGCGCGGGAAGGAUCGAUCGCUAUUAUUGGGGUUUAUUCCCCCCGUUUUCGUUCGAGUGAAAGCGAGCUUGUGUGGGUGGAGUAACGCUCUGCCUCGUUGCAGUCUUGCAGCACUUCAUUGUGCUGUCAGUAUGUAGUCCCCGUGUUAGUGCGCCGCUGGUGAAAUUGGCUGGAACAAAUGGAAGCAUCGAUCAAGCAUUAUUAUUGU